AUCCAAACAAAUCCAAUUUUUUAUUUUUAUUGAUGAUACUCGCAUCGCUAGUAGUGCUCAUAGAUGAGAUCAUUCUACGUUUUGCCGCAGCAAUUAAUGCUCAAAAUGUGUAAAUUGAAGUACAUCAUAGUUGUUUUCGCAUUACAUCUCGUUUUAAGUUCCGUUGAUGGCGUUCCUGCUCCACAAAGUCAGCCCAAUCGAAGUCGGACAGAGUCUCUUCCUGCAUCUGUAGCUCAGGAAAGUGUGGUACACAGCUCUUCUAAUAAAACCGCUACUAAGACGCUUCUCAAUACGAGCAGCGGACGCAAUUCGUUUCCGAAACCGGGAAUACAGCAAAAUGUAGGAGAUGCUUCACAUUACGUAAAGACUGUAAUACCCACCAGAACGGAAUUGAGGGACAGAGCACCACAGAAUUCCAAGAUCAUAGAUGUUCCUCACGCUGGUGAUGUUCCUCUUCUUGCUCCGAAGCAGGCAAAACAAAGUCAGGUUGUUGCUGCUGUUUCAAAAAAUUCACUUGUUGGUAAUUCGAAGCCAUACGUUAAUGAGCUGCAUCCUAAGCGUAUGUCACCACAGACAAAGGAACAAGCUCCGCUUGCCAGCAAAAAUGCGCAACUCACGAAGACCACCACUCCCAGUGUGCUUGCUACGUCGGGGACAACCGAUGUCAGUGAACCAACACAAACAGAAAGCGAAUUAGAGGCCGACAGACCCGAAUAUGCGGGAGAGACCGAGAAGAGUCCGGCGAAGAAAGCGGAUGUGAAUGCAAAGAAAAAGGCUAGUCCGUCCCAGAAGACACCAGAGCCCACAGUGUGGUCAAAAGCUGCAGAAAGUUCUCCGCGUCCGUUGCAGAGUGUUGCGAAGGCUAAGCAAAGUGCACAAGAUAAUGCUUUAGUGAAGGGCGUAAGCUCUGUCAUGCCACCCAAGCUGGGCGUUUCUCAGCAGGCCUCGCUUUCGGACCAAGAAAACCUAACUUCGCUCGGACUGAUGCCAUACGACGGAAGACAGUCGGACAAAAUUGAAACAUCGAAGCCAAAGAACAGUAUUUAUCUGAAUGGAGGCGACGUUGCAGACUUCACAUCGCAACAGUCACAAUGGCUGGAGCCAACCCGAGCAGAGUGGAAGAAGCCGCUUGAAACUGUGGACAUGUCCCCAGUGGUGACGGAAGAGGAUAGUCACUUCUUCGCUUACUUCCUCGCAGCAACGGUGCUCUGCAUCCUGGCCUAUCUGGCAUUUCACAACAAGAGAAAGAUUAUGGCGCUCGCAAUUGAAGGACGUGGAGGACGGCAACGACGGCACACGACAGCUUACAGACGCCUCGAGAACAUGGACAAGGAGGGAAGACCCAUUUUCUGAACCUCCCUUCGUCUCGAUUCCCAUUAGGUCAUCACCCAUAAUGGCCGUUUCUGGUCAGCCAAAAAUGGACAAUAUCGACAUACUCCGAUCAUUUCCUUUCCAUUGUGCCAGAGUUACAAAUGGGCCGUCCCGGUUUUACACCUAGUGGUGACUUGCUUUAACGAACAACUUUUCUUUAGCAAAUCUUUCUUGAGUUCUGUGUCAGGCAACACUGUACUUUGAUCAGUGUUGCGGUUACAAUGUAUUUAUAUGUACAUAUUGUGGGCCAAAUGUCCGUACCUAAGUUCCUCGGCGUUGUAAAAAAAAAGAAGAAAAGAAAGCGUCAGUUUCACUGACCAUUGUGUCUCAAACUUGAACGCUACUGAAGUGCCACCUCGCUGUUACUGCGUUCACUCUUGUGUGUUAUGUAGAAAAUUUUCAGGUUUUGUUGAUCGUUUGCAGAAUUGUGAUGCUGCACGUUUGUGAGCAAGUGUGAUAGCUACAACGAGUGCUCUCGAUUAUCCUGAGUUACGGGUCUGUAAUAGAAGUGCAAGUUGUGGCUUUUUUCUUUUUACCUACUGUCUGCCCUCUCGUAUGUUCUUGUGUCUCCCAUUGACGUUGUUUACGGGGUGUCGACAGAUAAACUUUGCAGUCGUUUCUUCACCUUUUGCGAUGUCCGCUUAACUUUUAUGGUCAAACUUUGCGCAAGAACUGGUUUUCUGCUUUGAGUGCUGAAAUGGAACUUGGAGGAACAUCCUUAUCUGAUAAAGCACCCAUUUCUGGCACAAAAUGGCUGGCCAUGGGAGGGUUACUGCGAGGUCCUGCAAGAGCCACGACUAAGCUCUGGAUAUUUCUGUUGUUGCUUAAGUUAGGCAUCAGCUAGCAUGGAAUUGGUUGAAACUCGAGACUCGCAAAAUAGUGGAAAUGCGGGCUAGUCGGAAUGUCCACGUAAUAAAAUUAAUAUUAGCGCAAAUGGGGACACAGAAAUACAAACUACUGCACUUGUCCCAUCUAGUUUGUAUUCCUGGGCCUCAAUUUGUGCCGGUAUUAAUGUUGUUAUAUCGAGACUGAGCUUACUUGCCCACCAAGUACAUAUAGCUAAGAAUUUGAACCAGACCUGGUUACUUUAUCAGAUAGAGACGUUUUUUUCCCCACUCAAGCUAAAUCGGAAGACUAGCCAAGAAACCUUGUAUGUCACCAUCUUGUAUAUGCAUGUUGCUGUGUCAAUGGUCAAAUCGAUUGAUAGAGGAAUAAAAAAUUUUGAAAAGGA